CAUCUUCUUCUGGCCCGCGAACGACAUGCCACGGCGCAUUCCGACCCAGGUGGGGCAAUCGCUGUCGCGCCUCGUGCGCGGUGGCUACCUCAAGUCUGUCCCGCGAUCAUACGAGACGAUGCUCCUCCAUCCUCCUGCGCCUCUCCCGCCUCGCACACCCACCGCUCGUUCGUCCUACGACACCACCGCCGCCUCCUCCUCCCACGCACACUCCCUCGACCUGGACGCACCGAGGCCGCGCCGAGACCCACUCAACGCCAAGAAGAAGCACCACGCGCAGAAGCCAAAGUUGACACCGCAACCGAUUGUGUACCUUGCCGAUCGUGUUCGAAGCCGCUUCUACAAGGACCACCCGUGGGAGACGCUCCGUCCGCGUGUCCUCGUCGAAGCCGAGAAGCUGGCUCCUGCGCGGAAGCUCGGGCCAGAGGCCGCUGACUUGCGCUACUGGGGACGAAACCCCGGUCCCGAGGAGGUCGUCGCAUGCACACUUCACCUCCACGAGCACCACGGUCUCUCGCUGUCGCAAGCCUACCAUCAUACAUUGUCCUCUUACCACGCACUGCGGGCCGAGCACGAGACAGCGAGCCGGUCCGCGCUGUUUGAAGCCUUGGCCUACGGAGCGACGUUCAACAACUCUCCCGCGCUGCCCAACGGCAGCGGCAGCGGCGGCGCAGCCGAGACGGUUCGCGGUUACCAGAAGGAGGCCAACGAGCUCGCAAAAGGCGCCGCCUACUUUUACCAGUCGCGUGGAGAGGCCGCCGUUGCCGACAACGCAACAGCACUCAAGGCCAAAAGCAUUAAGAAUCCUUCGACUGUCUUUUCCAAGGGCGAGCAGUACCUCCAGGCUGCCCUUGCCUCACGGGAAAUGUCAAACCUGCCUGUGUCCGAGAGCGCAGGGAGACGACAGGGACUCAACAACAUCGAGUCACAAGAUUAGGUACUAAUUAGGGAAGGGGUCCUUGACAAUGUAUUGCAACC